AAUAAAGGCUCGUAGCCAUAGAUUAUUAUACACUUAUUUUAUUGAGUAAAUAAAUUAAAGCUGUGGCUCAAAGUAAAUGAUUGUGUGUAGGUAUUUAGAUUUAAAUUUCAUUCUGUGAGACUGUAAGAAGAUAUCUGCUGAUCAGUGCUAUGUGGUUAUGUUUUGGUAAUAGAAAAUAGUUGGAUUUUCAACCAUGGUACCUGUAGCUAUAGAAGGUUGUACUCAAGGUGCCGAGGGUGGCGGAGCUCGAGUUGGCUCCAUUUCUCUUGCUAUGUUAAUAGAUUUCAUCGUUCAAAGAACUUACGAUGAACUUACUGUGCUGGCAGAACUGUUGCCUCGAAAAACGGAUAUGGAACGUAAAAUUGAAAUUUAUAAAUUUAGUGCAAGAACGCGUCAAUUAUUUGUACGUUUACUUGCUUUAGUAAAAUGGGCAAGCAGUGCAACAAAAGUGGACAGGUCGGCUCAUAUUAUGGCCUUCUUGGACAAACAAGCAAUGUUGUUUAUUGAAACGGCUGAUGUUUUGGCAAGAGUGGCUAGAGAAACUCUAGUUCACGCUAGGCUACCAACAUUCCAUAUGGCGGCAGCUGUUGAAGUGCUCACUCUGGGUACAUACAGCCGACUACCAGCUGUAAUUCGUGAGCGUUUAGUACCGCCUCCCUCAUUGACUGCCGGAGAACGCAGAUCUACACUUCGUGCUCUAGCUCACAUUGUCCGACAGAGGCUCACUACUGCAUCGCUACCCAGUGAUGUGAGAAAUUUAAAGGUUGAGAAUGGCAGAGCCACAUUUACGGUAGGCCAGGAUUUUAGUGUAUCUCUCACAGUAAUGGGAGAUGCACCUAACCUACCAUGGCGUUUAUUGGAUAUUGCUAUUCUCAUCCAGGAUAACGAAACAGGAGAGGGUAAGCCGUUAGUGCACAGUUCUCAACUUGCAUGGCUUCGUGGAGUAGCUCAAGCAAGAUUAGCAGCUGCUGGGCUAAGUGGCGCGCUCACCUCGUUACGUUUCUUUUGUCGAUCAUUGUCACUAGAAUUACUAUAUACGCAGACAUUAAGGCUAUGUAGAGAUAGAUUAUCCCGACAUCUUCAAGUUGACAAAUAUAUUCCGGGACAAAAGUUGCAGGUGUCAUAUUGGAAAGAACUAGGCUGUGAAUUGGGGUAUCGACUGGUCAUCGGAGCUGAGGCUGAUCAGCUGUGUGUAUGGCAUGUUCCGGCACUAGCAGGCGGUGAACGCGUAGCGACAGCGCUCACUCCGCACGCGCCUUCAAUGGAGCGUCUACUUGCUCACACAGUCCAUCAGCGCUCUAGGCAACGACUCAAUGAUCUAAAAGUUCUGCUUAAUGAUAUGGGGGUGGAGUGCAGCGUGGGCGGCUGGCCGUGCGUGCUGGCGUGCUCGGUGGUGUCGCCGUGUCUGCGCGCGGAGCAGCUGCUGGUGUCGGUGGGCGCGCACGGCGGCCGGCUGCGGGCUCGCGUGCCCGCCUACCCCGCCACGCCGCGCAUGCCCGACCUCGCUGCCGCACUCGCUAGAUCCGAUCUCAACCAGAUCAAACUGCACCUCACGCAUCUUCGAUUUUGGCUUGUUGCGCGACGCUGUGAGAAAACCCUUCAGCAUCUACCCGCCAGUGUCUGUGAGCAUCUACCGUUCCUCCACGGACCGGAUCACCCACUGAAUCAAUUGUCGUCAGACCGACUUUAUGUGACGCUUCAUCGUCACACAGAUCACAUUCUGAUAGUGGAAAUGAAAGAAGUAGCAGCGGGCAGCACGGCCACCACGAGCAACAGCUCCAACAGCGGCAGCGCCUGCUCCGUCGCGCUGUCCUUCCAUCUCGCCGGAGCCAGGAGAUGUACGCCUGAAGAAUGCGAGGAGGAGACGCCAUCGCCGGCUAAUAACAACCAGCCCCCGCCAACUGCAGCGCGGGCCUUCCUGAAGCUGCACUCGCUGGUUGAACUCGAUACUUUCACACUUACUCACGGACCCUUUACGCCUUUGGAUACUCCAGGUAUGCAGCCGGGUAAGAGGAAGUUAUCGUCUCCGAACGCCCGGUCGGUGCGCGUCCGUCAGCCGGCGUACUUCUUGCCGGAGCUCGCACACGUGGUGGCGGCCGCCGACGAACGCGUUCCGUUCGUGAACCUCGCCCAAGAAUUGUCGAGCCGCGGCGUGAGUCACGGCGGGGUGCAGGGCGAGUGGAGCGGCUCGGCGCUGGGCAUGCGGCUGGUGUCGCUGCCGCUGCCGGAGGGCGCGUCCGUGGCAGCCGGCUCGGCCCUGCGCGCGCGCCUGCUGGCCACCACCGUGCGCCUCACCACCAAGAACCAGGCGCGGGUUUGGACGGCCGAGAUCGUAUUCCACGGCUCGCCUCUUCGCACGCCCAACCCUAAAGAACAAGGAGAAAGACGGUGUGUGUACCUGCAGUACGAGCUGGGCACGGACGCGGGCCGCACCGCGGAGGCCUUCCUCGCCGACUGGGCCGCCAUCGUGCACCUGCACACGCUGCUGCACGACUUCAUGUUGCGGCCGGCUCAAGAGCGCGAGAGCCUGUGGCAGGGCGUGUUCAUUCGCUCGUACACGUACCGCUCGCUCGUGGUGGGGUUCGGUGCGGGCACGCGCGCCACCGCCGUGCUGCAGUGGAGCGCCGCCGCCCAGCGCUACACCGUCGCCACGCCCGCGCACCAGCCCGCCGCCAACGCGCACCAUCUGCUGCACCAUCACCUCGACCAGUACAUAAACACUCACAAGGACCUGAUGUCCCUCGGCGUGGUGCUGCGCGAGACGUACGCGCCGCUGCUGGCGCUGAGCCGCCUCCCCACGCUGCCACAGCUCGGACUGCACCACGUCCGCACACAGAUGCCGACACCUACCUUCACUUUGCUCGCUCAUUCCUGGAGAAAGAUUCGCGUGAUAUAUGCCGGAGCGUAUUCAAUUGAAGUGGGUAUUAGAGGGGGAGGAAUUGUCACUAUUCGAGACGGAUCAUACUCGAAGUUCGAUCGUGCGCCCAUCGUGGACGAGUUUGCUCCCGCACAAGGACUGAAGACAUUCUUAUCGAGAUACGUCGACGACAGCUUAAGCGCGCGCUUAGUGGCAGAAGAUGAUAAUCCACCUUCACCUAUGUCGCCAAUGCCACCUGGUGGUCUACGUUUCCCUGCGCCUCUGACUCCACCACAGCCACACACACCACACUCUGCGCCGGUAACGCCGCACCCUGCCUCGCCCGCUCAUCAGAUGGGUGGAGGGUCCUUCAACCUGACAUCUCCCCCGGGCGGCGGCGGCGGCGGUGUGGGCGCGUCUCCUGCAUCCCCCAUGGCGCCGUCACCGCACGCCGCCCCCGCCGCCUCCCCGCACCCGCCGCCCACGUCGCCUUUCACCGCAUGGCCUGCUUCGCCCUCGCUGCCGCGGCCUUCACCCGGGCACCAUCCUUCGCCCAGGCACCACAUCGAUCACAAAGGUCCCCAGGCCAGUUCGUCGACGAGCAGUCGCAGCGGAGGUCGUGCUUGGGGCGGCGGCGCGGCCACCCCGCUGGCGGUGAGCAAGCUGGAGGCGCUGUGCACGCCGUGCGAGCCUCCCCCCGGCGCCCCGCCCGGCCCCGCGCUCGCCCCGCUGCAGCGCUUCCUUGCCUGCGUCUACAUGAAACGGACCUUGCAACGAUUCGUAAACGUUGAGGAAUUUGUCAAUUUGACAUUGGUCUCUGUGGACGCGACUAGCCUGACGUUCCGCAGCGACGCCGCGGGACUGUGUGCGCGCGUCGCUCUGCACCCGCAACACAUGCAGUCCUUGCACUUGCACCUCACGCCGCUGCCAGAGAGCAAGGAGAUAUGGUCGCCCGAUGACCUGCAGGUCAUAGAAAAAUUCUUCGAGGUUCGCGUGGCGAUAGCUCCGUACCGUCCCACCGCCCUGCAGGGGUGGGUGCGGUGGUGGGGCGCGCCGGCCGCGGCGCUGACGUCGCUGGUGGCGGUGAUGCGCGCGGAGCUGGCGCCGCAGGUCCCGGCGCUGUGGGCGCUGCAGUGGGCGCUGCGCAUCCCGCCCGCCGCGCCGCCCAUCGUGCCCGCCGGACAACCGGCAGUCUUACUAGCAAAAAACAAAAUAUUAUUCUUCAUAUGUUUGACUCGAAUGGACACCCAGCUGGUGCUUCCGCUCGUGUACGACAUGCAGCUCAACGUCACGCAACUGGCCGACAAACAGAACGCGCAGCCGCACCUGAUAGCGGUCAGCCUGCAUCUGAAGCGGUUCAACGAAUUCAAUCAAUCCCAUUCGGAGUGCACCCUGUGGCCGGCGGUGCGCGACCUCGUCACCAACUUCACGCUCCCGGCGGAGGCCGGCGCCGCGCCCCCGCCCCCCUAGCCGGCGCCCCCGCCCCCGCCCGCGCCCUCCUCGCGCCGCGCCACGAGAUCCGAACCGCCCGCCGACCUCUGGCACUCACUCUUCUUGUAAACGAACUGCCGAUCGUUGCUGGAAACCCUUCCGGAGUGAUUUGUGUUGUGAGGUCUUGAGAGACGGACGCGCGGGACAGCGGGCACUCGCGAGCGCGUGUCGGUGCCGCGUGACAUUUCAGUGUCUAGUGAACUGUGUUGAGCGAAGCGACAGAAUAACAAUGUGACCCUGGGAUGCCUUAUAUUUGUAAAUAUUGUUAUUUAAGUUACAAAAGUAAGCUACCCUUAAGAUAAUAAUGUGGACUUGUAUUAUUUUUUCAAGUUUAUUAAGUUAUAAUAUACUAUGCAUAAAUUAUUUCGUCUGGUCGAAGCACGUAGCGCGUUCUUGCGGUUUUUUUUCUUUGGUCGUGUAGCUAAUAUGUUUUGUUGAUUGUUAUUGAAAAUCUUGUAAUUAUGUAAAUUAUUAAAGAAUAAAAUCAAAAUUUAACUAAAAUAGAUUUUGUUCUGCAUUUUAUUUUUAACCGUUGUUAUUCUGGAAUUAACUAUUUUUUCUUUCAUUUUACUAUCAUAUUUCUAGAAAAUUCAAAUGCCAAACAUCAUUCUUCCCAUGAAACUAUUUGUAAGAUUUCUUGCUGACCACUAUCACGUCGCAAUCGCGUACUCUGCAAACAAAAUUAUUUGGCUUUUGUUUUGUACUAAAUGUAUUCCCUUUCUAACAUUAACUGAAAUGAAUCAUUUUAAGAGCAUUUUGAAUGACAAAUCAAAGAACCGUAAUUUAAGCAAAAUUCGUACCUAACGUGUUGCCGCGACGAAUGUACCACAGUGGUAUAUUAAGCAUAGAUAAUACACUUAAUAUGAUACUAAGUGCGGAGGGUAGCUAGCGUGCAAGCGUAGUGUUUUCAGAUAUUACAUAGUAAUCUUAGAAAUAUUCAAUAGUGUUUGUUAAUAAUGGAUUGUUAAAAACCUAUCUAAGUGUUGUGAUAGUAGCCUGGGCGGCAAUUGUGUUUAAGCCACUUGUUUGUAAGCUUGUGAGUAAUGCAUUCUCCUGGAGAAAUUACGAAAUAUAUUUAUAUCAUGUUACAAUAAUCUGGAAUAGAAAAUAAUACACAUAACGUGAUUAUUAACCGCGAAUUUGUAUGACCUUAUCUUUAAUCAAUUUGUUAUUUUUGUAGUCUUCAGGAAUACAGUUAUUUAUAGUUGUAAAUUUUAUUAUUGUUAGGAUGACUCUGUUAUAACACGGCGAUAUGAAUGCAGAGUUAUAAAUAAAACAAAGAUGUCUGAAUUUCGGAAGCUAUAAAUGUAAAUAAUAUAAUAAAAUGAUUUAAAAUAUAUAAAGUAUUUCAUGUACUUAAAAUAAACCAUUUCCGGUUCAUA